CAUGCGAACAAAAAGAAAAUAUUUUUCAUGACUGAUUUGUAAAUGUUUUGUAUGAUAUAGAAUCCCUUCAUGUGAAUAACCUUGAUUGAUAAGAAUGACUUUGAUUGUGUGGACGUUAGUUCUCUGUGUUCUGAUGUAUGGACCUGUGACUGAGGCCUGUCCUAGUGGCUGUAGCUGUUGGAGGAGUAGCGACUGUAAUGGGACAUUUGUAGACUGUGAAAAAAGAGGGUUAACUGAUGUACCUACCAACAUCUCCACGGAUACAUGUUACUUAUCCCUAGGUUACAACCAGAUAACCUCCAUUCCAGACAAUGCUUUUAAUGGAUUGCCAAAUUUGCAGACACUAUACCUUCAAGUCAACAAGAUAACCUCCAUUCCAGACAACGCCUUUAAUGGUUUGCAAAAUUUACAGACACUAUACCUUCAUGUAAACCAGAUAACCUCCAUUCCAGACAACGCCUUUAAUGGAUUGCCAAAUUUACAGACACUGUAA